GCGGUGGGAGAACAGAUGUUCGUACGGCUGAGUCUGCCGGACGGACUAGAGGAGCUCGUCGAAGGCGUCGCCAGGGAGGUUCUGAACAGCACGGCGCGCACUGAACCUGAGAUACACGUCGUCGCCAGGAACUACUUUGAGAAACUCGUCAGUCGUCGCAAACAAAGUGACAAGAAAGGGAAGAACAAAGACAGCAAAUACGGCCAAAAGAGCCAGCGAGGCAUUAAAGCAGGUGUGGUGCCAGAUAGACGUUCCCGGAGUCGUGGGAGAACAGCCGAUGCGCAACCUACGCCAGACCCCGCCAUGCUCGAGAAGAGCCAAAGCCGCACUCGGUUAAGUCGUGCAAAGAAAUUUGGCAAGAAGAACAUGGGCGCCCUGGCAGCAGGAGGAGCACUGGGAGCUGCUGGCCUUAUUGGUGCUGGGGUGGCAGCAGCAGCAGAUUCGACCGGAGACACCAUUGCCGCGGCAGCAGAGAAACUGGAGGAUCUCAAAGACUCGGGUGAUGGAAUUCUGGGUGACAUGAAUCUGGAGGACAUUGAGGUGAACGCUGAAGAUGGCUUCCAAGCGGCUGAAGAUGCAGCUGGGACUGCCGAAGAAGCAGCAGAAGAAGCCACUGAAGAAGCGGCAGAAGAGGUAGCGGAAGAAGCCGCUGAAGAAGCGGAUGUAGAGGCAGCAGAUGCAGCAGAAGAGGGUGCGGAAGAGACAGAAAACGCGGCUGAAGAGGCUGUAGAUGCCGAGGAAGAAGCGAACGGUGGUGAAGCUGAAGUUGACGGAGAAGCAGCGGAAGAGGCUACAGAUGCCACCGGAGAGGCAGCGGACCCUGAUGAGGAUGCAACUGAAGAAGCUGCUGAAGGAGCAGAGUACAAAACUGAAGAGGUGGCAAAUGACGCUGACGAUUCGGUUGUAGAAAUUGGAGAGACUACUGAAGAAGCAACAGAAGACGCAGCAGAUGCAGGUGAAGAUGCCGGAGAAGAUGCAGCGGACGAUGCAGCAGAUGCAGCAGAUGCAGCUGAAGAUGCUGGAGGAGAAGCAGCAGAAGACGCUGCAGAUGAAGCUGAAGGUGCCGGUGAAGAAGCAGCAGAUACAGCUGAAGAUUCCGCAGAGGCAGUUGACGAAGCAGGGGAAGCAGCCGAUGAAGCUGCCGAAGAAGCUGUAGAAGCAGCUGAGGAUGCAGGCGAAGAUGCAGUGGAUGCAGUAAAUGAUGCUGGGGAUGCAGCUGAAGAAGCUGAUGAUUCAGCAGAAAACGCAGCCGAGGAAGCAGCGGACGCAGUUGAUGAAGAGGCUAGUGGUACCGCUGAAGAAGCUGAGGAUAAUGCUGAAGAAGCAGCAGAAGAUGCUACUGAAGAAGCGGCUGAAGAAGUAGCGGAUGCGGGUGAAGAUGCUGCAGAUGCUCCUGAAGAAAUAGCAGAUGCAGUUGAUAAUGCAGAUUAUACAACUGAACAGGUCAUAAACGACUCUGCUGAUUCUGCUGUAGAGAUCAACGAGGCUGGAGAAGUUGCUGAAGAAGCAGAAGCAAAUGACGAUGCUGGGGAGGCAGCGGAAGAAGCCACAGAAGAAGCAACUGAAGAGGCAGCAGAAGGAGAAACAGAAGAAGCAGCAGAAGAAGCAGCAGAAGAAGCAGCAGAAGAAGCAGCAGAAGAAGCGGCAGCAGAUGAAGCAGCAGAUGACGCAGCAGGGGAAGCAGCAGAGGAAGCAGCAGAGGAAGCAGCAGAUGAGGCUGCUGAAGAAGCAGUAGAAGGAGAGGCAGCAGAAGGAGAGGCAGCAGAAGAAGAGGCAGCAGAAGGAGAGGCAGCAGAAGAAGAGGCAGCUGAAGGAGAGGCAGCAGAAGAAGAGGCAGCUGAAGGAGAGACAGUAGAGGAAGCAGCAGAUGAGGCUGCUGAAGAAGCAGCAGAGGGAGAGGAAGCAGGAGCAGCAGACGAAGGUGCAGAAGAAGCAGUUGACGCAGAAGAUGCAACUGACGAAGCUGCAGAGGAAGCCGGGGAUGCAAAUGAAGGCGUUUCUGACGAUAUUGCUGAAGUUGCUGACGAUGCUGCAGUUGACGAGGCAGCAGUUGUAGAUGAAGUUGGAGACGCUGCUGAUGAUGCUGACGAUUUGAGAGCCGACGCAGAAGAGGCCCUAAAAGAAGCAGAAGAUGCUGCAAAUGCUGCAGAAGAGGCUGCAGAAGCUGCAGAAGAGGCUGCAAGAGAAGCAGCUGAAGCAGUCGAAGAAAACAACGACGAAUCUGCACAAGAUGCGCUUAUUGCUGCAGAAGAGGCUGCUGAAGAGGCUGCAUUAGAUGCUGAAGAGGCUGCAGAAGCAGCUGAAGAGGCGGUCGAAGCAGCUGAAGCAGCCUUAGACGCUGCUGAGGACGAUGGUGAUGUUGGGAUCGAUAAUGAAGAGACGGUGGAAGAUGUAGCAGCAGGCGCUGAAGAAGAAACAGACGCCCCUGAAGAGGCUGCGGAAGAAGAUCGGAGUGCUGAGGCCGAGAAUUCUGAGGAAGGCGCUGCAGAAGGAGUUCCAGACGAUGGUGAUGCUGUGAUUGAUUCUGAGGAUACUGUUGAGGAUGUUGCUGCGGGCGUUGAGGAGGAAGAGGUUGGAGAAAGUGCUGCAGAGGAAGCGGCAGAAGAUGCAGCGGAGGAAGCUGCAGAGGAAGCGGCAGAAGAUGCAGCGGAGGAAGCUGCAGAGGAAGCGGCAGAAGAUGCAGCGGAGGAAGCUGCAGACGAAGCGGCAGAAGAGACGGGUGAAGAUGCUGCUGAGGAGGCUGGUCAAGAAGAUGGAAGCGAAAUGCCGAUGGAUACUGAAGAUACAGUAGAAGACGUCGCUGCAGGAAUUGAUGAAGAUGUUUCCGAGGAAAAUGCAGAAGAUGACGCUGAAGCUGCCGCAGACGAGGUUGAGGCAGCUGAAGCCCCGAAUGAUGACGAUAACGGAAUUGAGGAGUCUGACGGAUCUUUCCUGACUGCUCCUGCUCUUCCCGACAUAAAUGGCAACCCUGACAGCGCUGACUUCGAGGUUAUGCAGCAGAGAGACGGCGACUCAAUCGUCAGCACAAGGGCUCCGGCAUCCAACAAGAAUAGAAGCAUCGACAACUACGGAUUCAAAGAAUUUUUCCGCGAUGUAAAAUCCGACAUCCGGAAAAUUGUCCGCAAAAGCGACGAUGACUCGAAGUAAAAGAAUGUUUUAUUGGUGGUCAAAUCUGCGUAAAGUCAUCUCCGAAGUGUCCACUCGUAGAUUGCAUAUCAAUAUAAUCGGAUUCAAUGUCUAAAUUGCUACCGCACAGGCAUUCUGUAAACGAUAUAUAGUUAGAGUAUUUAUUAGUAUCAAUAUUUUUCCACUCUAAUUAUAACAAAAAUUAUGUAACUUAGGAUAAUUUUACAGGAAAUUUUGGUAUUUUAAUGGAAAUUGAAAAAUGUUUUUCUACAACUUAAUGUUAUCGGUCGAGAACUUGAAAUGAAUAGCAAGCAGCGAAGACAAACGAAUGUCAUUUUCUUGUAAUAUUUGAUUAGCCGGUAAAAAAUUUUUCUAGGAUUUUUCUUCUUCUAAGGAUAAAAAUUGUGUUCAUGACUUUCAAGGCAAAAAAUCCCACACCGUUGAAAUAUAUGCAAAACACACUUUUAAAUAAAAUUCAAUCUCAUUGUAAUUGUUAGCGACUAAUGUUAAAGGAAACUUGAGCACAAAUAUACGUGUCACUAAAUAUGCGAGUCCGCAACCGGCUCUGUAGUAUAAGAGGAACUUUUACCACUUGAAGAUAUGAACAAAAAUCAGAGGCAGUACAAAUCAUUAGGCUCACUCAUCGAUGAAACUCCCAGCGAUCCUGUUCACUAAUUGAAAAAAAUUUGAUGCAAUUUAUGGAAUAGCCACUGCACAUAAUCUUUGUUUCAAUUAUAUAAUACAUCAUUAAAUUAAUUUUAAAUCUAACAGGGAAUUGUUUAUGUAGAAUUUGGUUCACAGAAGGAUUUAAUACCAUAUUUAACAAUACUUUGUUUUUUUUUGAAUCACGAAAAACGUAUGCCACUAGACGUUCUCAACGCACCUCAACAGUACUAUAAUUAAAUUGUAGCAUGUAAUAAUAAACUGAGUGUACUUUCA